AUGAUUUUCUACUCCCAUCUCCGCGUCCAGGAGAUGAAGCUCUUCACUGUCCUGUUUUCCUACGUCCUCCUUCUUGGCCUCUAUACACCACCAAGCCUGUCAGAUGGUCCACCUCUUCAAGAUGUGUGCCCUAUGGCACCUCAGGGUGAAAGGAAGCUGUUCAUGAACGGUUUCCUCUGCAAGCACCCUAGCACCAUACUGGCUUCUGAUUUCAAGACACUGCUUCUCAAUCAUGCCGGGAAACUAGAUAACAUUCUCCGGUCAUCGGUAUACAUCGUCACCGCCGCAGAGUUCCCUGGCCUCAACACCCUUGGCAUGUCGAUGGCACGGACCGACAUCGACCCCUAUGGGUCAGUGCUUCCCCACUCUCACCCAAGGGCGUCGGAGAUGAUGUUUGUCCAUGAUGGCAGCGUGCUGGCCGGUUUCUUUGACACAACUGGUAAGCUGUUUCAGAAGAGACUGUGUGAGGGGGAUGUGUUCAUCUUUCCCCGUGGUUUGGUUCACUUCAUCAUGAACUAUGGUCUCCGUCUUGCGACAACGUUCUCGAUGCUCAACAGUCAGAACCCUGGUGUGGUUGGCAUCACCCAUGCGAUGUUUUCAUCAGAUUUAGAUGUAGUUGAGGGGCUGAUGGGUAGAAUGAUGAAGUUCAGAGAGAUGGAAAUCCCUGGCAACAACACUGCUGAUUUUCCAUGGACUUACUAG